UAAGCAUAAAAUUAAACUCUUCAGUGCCAAGAAAAAGGCAAGGCCCAUUAGAUACUGAAAUAGGCGGCGCAUUUGGAUAUAUACAUACACGACGAGCCAGGCAACGAGCCACAAAUCAACACACACAGCGCCAUGUCAAAGACACCGUCAUUUGAUAAGGAUCGGGACUACAUUGGGUUCGCCACGCUGCCGGAGCAGGUGCAUCGGAAGUCGGUGAAGCGCGGCUUCGAGUUCACGCUGAUGGUUGUGGGCGAAUCGGGCCUGGGCAAGUCGACGCUCAUCAACAGCCUGUUUCUGGGCGAUCUGUACAAGAAUCGGACGGUGCCCAAUGUGGAGGAGCGCAUCGAGAAGACGACACGGAUCGAAAAGAAGACCAUGGACAUCGAGGAGCGGGGCGUGCGCUUGCGCCUAACCGUGGUGGAUACGCCCGGCUUUGGGGAUGCGAUCAACUGCGAGGAUAGCUGGCGCGUCUGCACCCAGUACAUUGACGAACAGUUCCGGCAGUAUUUCACCGACGAGAGCGGCCUGAAUCGCCGCAACAUCCAGGACAAUCGCGUGCAUUGCUGCUUGUACUUUGUGCCGCCCUGGGGGCACAGCCUGCGGCAGAUGGACCUGGACUUGAUACGGCGACUGCAUCGAAAGGUGAACAUUGUGUUGGUGAUUGGCAAGGCGGACUGCCUGAACAAGACGGAGGUGCGCAACCUGAAGGAGCGCAUCCUGCAGGAUCUCGAGGACAAUCACAUACAGCUGUAUCAGUUUCCCGAGUGCGAUUCCGACGAGGACGACGACUUCAAGCAGCAGGACCGCGAGCUCAAGGCGUCCAUACCGUUUGCCGUUGUCGGCAGCAACACCAUACUGGAGGUGGCUGGCAAGAAGGUGCGCGGCCGUCAGUAUCCGUGGGGCGUGGUCAAUGUGGAGGAUGCGGAGCAUAGUGACUUCAUCAAGCUGCGCACCUUCCUCAUAUCGACGCACAUGCAGGACCUCAAGGACACCACACAGGAUGUGCACUACGAGAACUUUCGGGCGCAGUGCAUCUCACAGAUAUCGCAGCAUGCGCUGCGUGAGCGCGGCAAAUUGAAGCGCGACUCGAUCAGCUCAACGAACGGGUUCGAUGCGGCCAUUUCGGAAACGGAUCGCCUGCUGCUGCAGAAGGACGAGGAGAUCCGGCGCAUGCAGGACAUGCUCACGCAAAUGCAGGAGAAGCUCAAGCAGACGCAUCUCAUGGAGAUGAAGAAGAACGACAGCGUCAUCGAUGUCUAAACUUCGCGUGUUCAAUUUUGCACAUUUCAUAUAUAUAUAUAUAUAUAGAUAUAUUUAUAUAAUACUUAUAUAGACUUUCCCUCUAUACAAAAGCAUACACACACACACACACACACAAUCAUUUGCCUCUUCGUGGGCAGCCAACCACCAAAAAUUUACGUUUUUAAGGUAGCCGCAGAGUUUCCAGUUAACCAAAUUUCGUGAAGACAACUU